AUGAGCGAGAUAACAGCUGAGGACCAGCUGAGCGGCUGAGCUCUCGUUUCAUCUGUUUGUUAAGAAGUUUGCUUUGACAGCUCAAGAGUAGAACAAUGACACUCAGCUAACAACACCAAGCGCACUCUUCGCACCCUAACCGGAUAGUUUGGAUUUUGUGCGACGCCGCGGCUACUGAUAAGUGCUUCUUGAUCGCAAGUGUCUAGUGCACCGUGAUUUCCGGGGCCAGUCAGAACUUUGCCUUUCCGGCGUUUCAGACCUCGGAAAAUAUCUACUCGUACUGACGAUCCGUAUGUUGGAUACCUGGUAGUGUUUUUGCUUGAAUGUGCGUGCUGAUCAGUGUCGUGUAAACUAAAAUUUCUGCGAUGAAGUCUGUGUUGUGUCAACUUAGCGGUUUAUGAUCGCAGCGGCGUUUAAUAUCGGUGCUUGUAGAUCGCUGAUACGUUCAUCAUCGCAGGUAGCAUUCGCCCUAUGUUCAACGAUGUCGACAUUCGAGACGUUGAAGUUUGAUAACUUGGCCCUGAGAACACUGCCCAUAGACAAGGAAACGCGCAACUACGUGCGUACUGUUAGUGGCGCAGUGUUCUCGCGGGUGUCGCCCGCUCCUCUCGAUUCACCAGAGCUGGUUGUCGUCUCCGAAGACGCAAUGAUGCUGCUAGACCUCCCGCCACCCGAGUUCGAAAGGAAAGAUGCGGCGGAAUAUUUCUCUGGUAACAAGCUCCUACCAGGCUCGGAAACGGCGGCGCACUGCUACUGUGGACAUCAGUUCGGCUACUUCGCUGGGCAGCUCGGCGAUGGUGCGGCAAUGUACCUAGGUGAGGUCAUCAACCGCAAGGGUGAACGCUGGGAAAUUCAGCUGAAGGGGGCUGGGUUGACACCCUACUCCAGGUCUGCAGAUGGGAGGAAAGUACUGCGCUCAUCGCUUCGAGAAUUUUUAUGCAGUGAGGCCAUGCACUACCUUGGUGUUCCCACUACAAGGGCAGGGACAUGCGUCACAUCCUCUACAACUGUGUCACGGGACAUGUUCUAUGAUGGACAUCCCAAAGAUGAGAAAUGCUCAGUCAUUCUGCGAAUUGCCCCAACAUUCCUAAGAUUUGGGUCUUUUGAAAUAUUCAAGACCUUGGACAACUUCACUGGAAGAGUUGGCCCUAGUGUAGGCCGCAAGGACAUCUUGCUUCAGCUCCUCAAUUAUGCCAUUGAGACAUUCUUUCCAGAGAUUUACCAUAGUUGUGGUGACGACAGGGAACAAAUGUACAUAGAAUUUUUCAAGGAUGUUGUCAAGAAGACAGCGCUACUCGUCGCAAAGUGGCAGUGUGUAGGGUUUUGCCAUGGGGUGCUGAACACCGACAACAUGAGCAUACUUGGACUUACUAUUGAUUACGGUCCGUUUGGGUUUAUGGAGCGAUUUGACCCUGACCACAUCUGUAACACUUCAGAUGACGGAGGUCGAUAUACGUACAUCAAACAGCCCGAAAUCUGCCUGUGGAACUUGAGGAAGUUUGCAGAAGCCAUACAGUCUGCUGUUCCACUCUCAAAGACUUUGCCGGGCCUGGAACUGUAUGCUUCAGAAUACGAAGCAUGCUUCCUAGGGGGAAUGAGAAAGAAGCUUGGCUUGCUCAAGAAGGAACUUCUCGAGGACAAGGGCCUCAUCACAUCUUUUUACGACACCAUGGAGAGGACGGGUGCCGAUUUCACGAGGUCCUUCAGAUGCCUGAGCACACUUGCAGUUCCUGGGCACCCUGAGCAUGAGCCCAGCAAGGAGAGCCUUCUGUCAAAGCUUCUGUCGUGCUGCAGUAGCCACGCUGAACUCGCAGCUCACCUAAAGGCUCAGACCAGCUCGCGAGACUACCAGCUGUUUCUUAUACUCUCCCAGAGCAAUCCAGAAUUGCUAGAGCAACUUGGCAAGGGUGCCCUCGCAAAAGAAAGAAUUAUGGCACAAAUGGAAAAGGCCAAAGAACUCAAGGAAAUGAGUGCAGAAGACUUUAAAGCCCGGAACAAGAAGAUGUGGAUAGACUGGAUAGAUGAAUACUCCAAGAGGCUGGCGACAGAUGUGGAAGGAGUGGAAGACUUGCAAGCCCUGCAGGACGAGAGAGUUCGCGUCAUGAACAGCAAUAAUCCAAGGUUUAUUCUCAGGAAUUACAUUGCGCAACAAGCUAUUGAUGCAGCGGAGAAGGGAGACUACAGUGAAGCGCGAAAAGUGCUGAAGAUUUUGCAGCACCCAUUUUCUGAUGACCCUUUGGAGUUGAAAGGAAAGCAAGCUUGCCCGGCUGUGUUUGAUGAAGGAUUCUACGAAGGAAGAUAUGCAUUGAGUGCAGCUGCGCUGAGAGUCUCCUGCUCAUCUUAAACGAUGUGUUUUCCUUGGCAAGAGCUCAUUACUAGAGUUUUUGGAAGAGGAAGAAAGAAAGGAAAGCUGUAAUGCUUUCACUCUCACUUGCAAAAGAGACCUUCUGUAAUAGCAAGCAUCGAUACCAGUUCCUGUUAACAAGCUAUAAAGUGUGACAUCAAAAAGAUGUGCCGGCAACACAUUCCGUAUGGUUGGCGAAAAUUUUGACCGACUUAAUGAUGUGAAUUUUCUCUGAAGGGAAGGCAACAUUAAUACAUGUAGCAGAAUUUUCAGUCGUUGCUUAGGAGAGAUUACAGUUCAAAGCCGUGUCAACGUUGUCAUGUGCAUGUUUUGCAUGUUUGUGUACAAAUAUGCAAUUUGUUUAGAGUUACAGAGGCUGCAUUUCGGGACAAGCACUGCACAAUUGCUGUGUAUACUAUGUACUAUGCUGAAAUUUGUCUCUAGAGUCCUCCUGUGAUGCACGGAAAUGCUACUACACUUUACGCAGCAACCUUUGAUACACAAAGACAAUAGUACAUUGGUUGUCACUGUGUUAAGUUAAGCUUUAGGUAGGUUUCAUCAUAAUGAACAAAAGUAGUGUAUGUAGCAUGUUCUUAACACUUUUGCUGACUGUUGCAUCACUGGGUGUUAUACGGAGUUUGCAAAUUCAAAAUAAAGAUAUCUUACUCCUUUACCAUCAAAUGUGAAAUUAG